UGGCCACAGCAGCGAAAGGGGCAGACAGCGUCAGGAGCCUGGGGAGGAAGCAGGAUGGCAGCAGGGGCAGCAGCUGGAGCCUGGGUGCUGGUCCUCAGUCUGUGGGGAGCAGUAGUAGGCAGUCAGAACAUCACAGCCCGGAUUGGAGAGCCACUGGUGCUGAACUGUAAGGGGGCCCCCAAGAAACCACCCCAGCAGCUGGAAUGGAAACUGAACACAGGCCGGACAGAAGCUUGGAAGGUCUUGUCUACCCAGGGAGACUCCUGGGAUAGCGUAGCUCGCAUCCUCCCCAACGGCUCCCUCCUCCUUCCUGCUGUCGGGAUCCAGGAUGAGGGGACAUUCCGGUGCCGGGCAAUGAGCCGGAAAGGAAAGGAGACCAAGUCCAACUACCAAGUCCAAGUCUACAAGAUUCCUGGGAAGCCAGAAAUUGUAGAUCCUGCUUCUGAACUCACAGCUGGUAUCCCCAAUAAGGUAGUGGAAGAAAAAGAAGAAGGUGACCCUGUGAAUGAGAGAGGAGUGGGGACCUGUGUGUCGGAGGGGGGCUACCCUGCAGGGACUCUCAGCUGGCACCUGGAUGGGAAACCCCUGAUAUCUGAUGGGAAAGGAGUGUCUGUGAAGGAAGAGACCAGGAGACACCCUGAGACAGGGCUUUUCACAGUCCAGUCGGAGCUGAUGGUGACCCCAGCCCUGGGACAAGCUCCUCGCCCUACCUUCUCCUGUAGCUUCAGCCCUGGCCUGCCCCGGCGCCGAGCCCUGCAUGCAGCCUCCAUCCAGCCCAGUGUCUGGGAGCCCGUGCCCCUGGAGAAGGUCCAAUUAGUGGUCGAGCCAGAAGGUGGAGCAGUAGCUCCUGGUGGAACUGUGACCCUGACCUGUGAAGCCCCUGCUCAGCCCCCACUUCAGAUCCACUGGCUCAAGGAUGGCAUGCCCCUGCCCCUGCCUCCCAGCCCCGUGCUGCUCCUCCCUGAGGUAGGGCCUCAGGACCAGGGAACCUACAGCUGUGUGGCCACCUAUCCCGCCCACGGGCCCCAGGAAAGCCCUGCUGUCAGCAUCAGCAUCAUCGAAACAGGUGAGGAGGGGACAACCACAGGCUCUGUUGGGGGGCUGGGGCUGGGAACUCUAGCCCUGGCCCUGGGGAUCCUGGGAGGCCUGGGGACAGCCGCCCUGCUCAUUGGGAUCAUCAUGUGGCAAAGGCGAAAACACCGAGGAGAGGAGAGGAAGGCCCCAGAAAACCAGGAGGAGGAGGAGGAGCACGCAGAGCUGAAUCAGUCGGAGGAGCCUGAGGUGGCUGAGGGCAGUGCAGGAGGGCCUUGAGGGGUCAACAGCCAAACCUCAGCUGCAGCUCCCUUUUCUUUUUCCCUCUCGCUGUUCUGGCCCCAGCCCAGCUCUUCCCUGUACAAUAUCUACCCCAACUUGCCAAACCUCCUUCCACAACCAGGGCCCCCUGCAUACAGUGACAAGUAAACACCUGACACAUCCUGCACCAU